UUGCUAGCGAGCGCGUGGUCUAAGUUCUUUUGCCCCCUCCCCCCCCUUCCCCCGAUUGCUGCUUCCCCCUCGCGCGCUGGUUCCUCUUGGCUCGCGAUGGUGGGGAAAAUAGUAAGGCGGAGGAGGCUCCACCAACCCGCGCCGAAGCCGACACAGCCACAGCCGAGUGGGGGCGAGGAGGUGCUUUCGGCGGCCCUGCAGACCUUCAGCGCUAACACCGGAAAGGGCAAGGGAGUUCUGACAUCAGACAUAUUUUCUGGAGUGAAUAUUGAUCCAAAAAUUCUAGUGAAGAAGUUGGACACUGAUUCAAGGAAUCCUGUUUCAGUCAUAAAAGAUGAAGAUGAAAAAGUAAUGUCUAAGAAAGAAAAAAUGAAGAUGCGUAAGGAGAGAUGGCUGCAAAAAAUUGAGAGCAUUAAGUUGGCAAAGCAGCAGCACAAAGCAGAGGCAAAGCGGAAAGCGACUCCAGUUGUUGGAGAUAUGCAUCCAUUGAUGGAUGCUCUGCCUGAGCUUUCAGAUCUGGUGACAGUAAGCAAGUUCUGCAAACAGCGUACUAAAAUGCAGAAGAAGAAGAAAGUGUUGACAAAUUUCAACCAGAUGAAAUCAGCCCAGAAGCGCAAGGUCUUGGAAGAGGAAAUGGCACAGUUUCACAAGACAAUAUCAAACCCUUUGUUCAAAGCCAACCCUCUGUCAAUCAUUAGUCAGCAUCUUUCCAAAAGACUAAAACAGGAGAACAAGGAAGAACCACUUUAAUACCAUGCCUGAGGAUGUUUGAAAACUCCAGCAAUGACUCCAUCAUGGCUUUAUCUAUACAGUAGCUUAAUGUAACUUUCAGAAACCAGACCCAGUCACUUUCUUUGCUGAGCACAGAAAUAAGGUGAUCAACAUCAAUUUGCGCACUAUGAGUACUAGCUACAACUCUGGAUUGUUUUGUUGGAGACUUGUGAAACUCUGUAGAUGUAAGACUGUUCUAAUUUCCCAAAUUUAUCCUAAUUAUAGUUCUGUAAUGUAAUGUAUAAAUCAUCAACUUUCUACCUCCGAGUAAUGUAAACCUUUUUGUUUGUUUCUUUUUGUGAGCAGUUAAAUGGCUGCCUUUAGAAAAUUGUUUUGGUAAAUGCAACAUUGUGAUUAAUAAAAUACCUAGUGCUUUGCUCUUUGAA